CCAAGACACUCGAUGAACCCCCAGUUUUUCAAAAUCCCCUGUUUCUGCCCAAAAAACAGAGUACACAAAAAAACAAAACAAAACAGAGAGCACUACUCACAGGGAUACAGAAAAGUUACCACACACACACACAUAUAUACUCUCUCUUUAUCCGUGUAAAUACACAAAUAUAUACGUACAAUUACAACACCCGUGAUUGCUGAAAGUGUUCACAUGUUGGCUCAAUUAUGACUUUUUCUCUCAUCGUACUAAAGUGAGAAAAAACAAAACAAGGGACUCAAAACAAGAUUCUGUAGAGCAGAAUUUCAUCUCCAGACCCGAAUUUCCGUUCGGAACCCAGAAUGCAGGAAGUGGAAAGCGUCAAUUCGGAAACCCAAUUGCACUUUGUUCAGGUGGAGAUGGCGAGGUGCGAAUCGUGCGGGUUAACGGAGGAGUGCACCUUAGCCUACAUAUCGCGGAUUCGAGAGAGGUAUAACGGGAGAUGGAUAUGUGGGUUGUGCAUUGAAGCAGUGAAAUACGAAGUUUUGAGAUCACAAAUGCUUAUAACGACCGAAGAAGCCUUGAACAGGCACGUGGAUUUCUGCAGAAAGUUCCGGUCGUUGAGCGGUGAAACAGAGGAUCCGAUUUCCGCGAUUGGGAGGAUUUUGAGGAGGAGUUUGCAUUCGCCGAGAUCGACGCCAAGUAGUCCGAUGAGGGAGAGUCGCCGGAUGCCGUUGAUUCGAUGCGAGAGCUGUUUCUCUUCUAUUUCCCGGUGAAUUUGAAAUGCGGUGAAGGUUGAGGUAAGUCUGUUGAAAACAGAGCAUAAUUGGGUAAGCGGAAGUGCUGAUUUUAGGCCCUCUGUUCUUGGUUCGUUUGUUUCUCUUCCUUUUUCUUUCUAAUUUUAUCUUUUUGAUUUCUAACAUAAAAACAAGGUUUUCGAAUUUGAUACUCCAUCAUAAAAGGGUUACGGGUAUGGAAGUGAUGUAUAUGCUGCACUUGAAGGGCUGCAAACGAAUCGAGCUGCUCGCGGCUUGGCUCGGCAUGACUCGUUUAGUGAACUAGUUGAGCUCGAGUUUUAAGUUAGUUUAUUAAAUGAGCCGAGCUCGACACUCAAAAACUCGGUUCGUUUGUAUAGACUCGGCUUGUUGAAAGACGAACUGAUCUCAAGCUCGAGUUUUAGGCUCAUGUUUGAGCUCGGGUCGUUUGUACCCCGCUUGAACAACCCCCCUCUCUCUCUCUCUCAUUCUUGUUAGAUGAUCCAAGGAUCCGUCGCUGUAGUAAAAUUUCUUCGCUUAUGCAGGUGUUCAUGGUCAAAGACAUGCUAAAUAAGGGGAAUUUCAUAAACCAGGGGUUCGCCUUGCAGUUAAAGAGAUUUGAGGAGUUAAUACAUUUGCUCUCUCCUAAUGUUUCAUGUUAGAAACCUUUUUGAUAAAAUCGAUCUCUGAGGCGGUCUAUAAGGGACUUUGCUUCGAGUUUACUUGCGGCUGCUCUAGCAGGGUGGAAUCAGUCAGUACUAAAAUUAAUUGUGAUGUGUUUAAACUGACUCGAACACGUGAAUUGUAAAUAAAUUAGUGGUAUUUCACGAUAGCUUACAAUGUGAAUCCUGUGCCCACUAGUUCCAUGGUUUUAGUUUUAUGUGAUGGUGCCAUUGGCAGAAUCAUGUCUAAA